AUGUCGAAUUUGAGUUUCCUUAAUUUUCACAAUAGCAGCUCUUUGGGUCACUCCUCUCAACCCAAAAGUACAACCCCAAACAGCAACAACUUCAAACCAAACCAGACAUCAAAUAUGGGAUGCAAUUUUCAGCCAAAAUCAGAGGAAAUGAAAUGGGUGUUUGACAAGUUUGACACCAACAAAGAUGGCAAGAUUACCCUUGAAGAGUACAACGUAGCUGUGAGGACAAUGGGGUGGGGAAUUGGAGGCACUGAGGCUGUGGAGUCUUUUCGGGUGAUGGACUCUGAUGGAGAUGGCUCCAUUGAUUUCAAAGAGUUCAUGGAAAUGUUCAACGUAGAGGAGAGGGUGAAGGAAACGGAGAUCAAGAGUGCUUUUCAGGUGUUUGAUUUGAAUGGAGAUGGAAAAAUCAGUGCAGAGGAAUUGUCACAUGUUCUGAAAAGCCUAGGAGAGAGUUGUAGCCUCAGUGCUUGUAGGAAAAUGGUGAUGGGGGUAGAUGGAAAUGGAGAUGGCUUUAUAGACUUGAAUGAGUUUAUGAGGAUGAUGAUGAGUGGCAAGAAACUCACCUAA